AAGUCGGAAGCCAGGGACAUUGUACUCUGUAUUGUAAAAGCCAAAGCCAUCGCUCUUGAGGUUAUUCACAGUAUGGUCUUUGAGUCGUAAUGUCUUCCGUCAGCCAGCAAGUUUUCGGAUACAUUACAGCGUUGGCGCUGUGCCACUUAGCUCUAGCCGACAACGGUAACGGCGUCGUGGUCACAGCCAGGUCUAACGACGACUGUCAGGUAACACCGGUCAUUCACGUGCUCCAAUAUCCGGGGUGCGUGCCCAAGCCGAUACCGUCGUUCGCUUGUACGGGACGGUGCAGUAGUUAUCUGCAAGUUUCUGGUUCAAAAAUCUGGCAAAUGGAAAGGUCGUGCAUGUGCUGCCAAGAGAGCGGCGAGCGGGAAGCGUCGGUAUCGCUGUUUUGCCCUAAAGCCAAACAGGGUGAACGAAAAUUCAGAAAGGUGACGACGAAAGCACCGUUGGAAUGCAUGUGCCGCCCUUGCACCGGUAUCGAAGAAAGCGCGGUAAUACCUCAAGAAAUGUCCAAUUACGCCGCCGACGAACCACCGAUCAACGGCCAUUUUUCCAAAUCCGUUUAAGUAACAAUUUCUAAAUACACAUUCGAGUUGUCCGAAUUUUGUUUUUUUUUUGUAAACCGUCUAAAGAAAAUCUACACGAUAUUUUAAUAUUUUGUCUAAAUCACAUAUUAUUAUUAUACCAAACCCUAUACAAACCAUUGAAUUACCUAAAUAUAAACAUAUUA